AUGGCGAUUAUGGUACGAAGUACCGAAAACCUAGCUGCUAUGACAGCGGAAGCGUCCGCCUGCUCUUGCGCAAUUUGCUUGCAAGAAAUGCCCAAUGGAAAUGAUUGCUGGGUUACUCUUUGCAAUCAUGUCUUUCACAAGCCGUGUAUCGAGCGUUGGGUAACAGACUCACCUGACUGUCCUGUUUGCCGUCAACGCGUAAAUAAACGAGAUUUACAACCCAUCAAUCCCGAGAGCCGGCCUAAUGACAAUACGGCCACUGCCACUGGUAGAAGGGACGCUCGCAAUUCUGCGGGACAACAACG